GAAUAAUAAUUCCCGCAAUACAACCCUCAACCCACAACCACAACCAAACAGCAUGAUUCCACGGAUUCUGGUCAUUUUCUCAAAUGGAUGGUUGAGGUCAAGCGAUCAAACCCAGCCAUGGGUCCAGCCCAGGCCAGAGCCCUGAUUGGCCGGCGUCCCCUGCGCCACUCCAUUUCUGGCAGCGACACCCCACGCGGGCCACGGGAAUUCCAUUGUCCUGAUGGGGCGCUUUUUAGCCUGACUGUGAGCGGCCGACGAAUGCGAGUUGCGCGUUCGGAUUUCGGGGCCUUCGGGCCAUGUGCCACCCCGCUUUUUCCCGUGGGACAGUUGAUCCAAUCAUCAUCCGGUAAUCUGUGGGGCAACGGCAGUCCUCCGAAUCAAGAGAGAACGAACAGAAACGAAUGUUCUGUCCUGUAUUACUAUGCGCAGUUCCCUGUACUCCAUAGUCAUAGUGCUACCAGCAAGCGCUUAGUAGAUGUUCUAACUUUCCGUCACUCUAUCUUUAUGGGUAUGUGCACUGUUCAGCAGAGAUUCCUUGGCACUGGCAGUGACGUUGAUGCCUCUAUCCCCGGAUUCCAGAUCGGCAUUGACAUCAUGGCAUGCCAGAGUGCCUGCUGCUCUCAGAUCACCCUGAAGUCAUCAUACCAUUCUAUACAAACAACAAACUAUGUUUCCACUACGCGAGGAUGAUGGCAGAAAGUAUAUGCCUCAUACUAAAGUCUACUAUCACAGUGCGGAUAUCUUAUACAGCCUGUCAACUCUCUGGCAGUCCGGCAGUGGUUAUCCACCCACAGUCCAAGUUCUACAUUGUUCCAGCUGGGCUAGGUUCGUUUCCAUGCUAUGUAUGUAGUAACAGACAAGCAUUCAAUAAGAACGUUUUCAAAAUCUAUAAAUUGGAGGUCCGAACCGACCCGAUGUACUAUGAGUUCUGUAUUAUUGGCCUAUUAGUAGGAAGGAACUAUUUACUUGAAAUAGAAACCUAAUAAUCUUAGCCCAUUAACACAGAAAAUGGCAUAUAGAGAGUCAGGAUAACUCGAACAAAACUCGGCUCUAUAGCCUGGAAUAGCGAUACUUCACCUCGCGAUAGUCUUUCUUCAUGACCAGAUCAUGCUAUGACCAACGCUAGAUAGGUUAUCCUUUUAUCAAUUCAAAACAUCAUAGAGAAACAAAGAUGUUUUGCAAGAAACGUC